GACAGGCAGCGCUUCACGUUUGAAGACGGUCAGCUGAAGCUUUUUGAUGACAAGUGUGUGACGGCAGUGGCAAAACCGAAAGCCCUUGGACAGAAUGAACUCAAUCAGACCCUCCGCGACGAGUCUUUGGCGCUGGAUGCCGCGCUUCAGGACUGCACUGGCCUUCAGGAACAGCGUAUGGCUUUCCGCCCAGACGGCACUAUUCAUCUUGAAAUGCAGGAUUCUCUUUGCUUGGACUGGGAUGCGGGUGCAUUUUUUCUCUCCGAGCAGGUGAACUUCUACAGAUGCAACGAACAGCAGAACCAAGUUUGGGCGAAGGUGCAACCGGCUGCGGUAGCUUUGUGGACUUACUGGCCUCUCUUCAAGAUGCACUGCUUGGCUUUCCAGGGCCAGGAGGUGAAAGCUGUUCCAUACGUGGCGGGGGAUUGUCCAAAGUGGCAGUGGAGUUUCGCGACUUCUGCCUUGGUGCAUGGAGACGCCUGUCUGACG